AUGGAGGCCUCGGCCGAUUCCUCUGAGGCCUCCGCCGCCUGCCGCUUCUUCCUAGAGGGCCGCUGUCGCUUUGGUGCGCGCUGCCGUCAGCCACAUCCCGGGGCCCCGGCGCCGUCCCCCGAGGUUGCGCAGCCUGAGGCCCGGUCUAAGAAGCCUGCUCUGCGUACUGCUGCUGACGUCAUCCGGCGUAUCCGCUGGGACCCGCGCCUGGAUCCCGCUGACUUUUCUGUGGGCUACACUGACCGCUUCCUGGGUGUGCAGGAAGAGCCAUUCUGUGCCUUUUGCUGGGACGAGCCGCUAGCAGCGCUCGGACCCGGCGUUUUGGCGGUGCCGCAGCACCGCAUUCGCUACUUCCGCUUCCGCGGCCGCCUGGUGUGGGACCGUGCCUCCCGUACUGACCUUAUUUUUGGCUCGGGCUCUGUGGCUGGACGGGGACCCACCAUCCUCGAUGCGCUGGACGACCGGGACGAGCAUUGGAGAGAGGUUAAGGCAGAAAUUCCGGACACAGAGAAAACAGGGGUGGGUUUCGAGGAUCUGGACACCCAGGGUGCCCCUGAGGAAGGGGGUGGAAACCCGACCACGACUGGGCUUGAUACGGGCCUAGAGACACAGGAAGAGGGUGGGGCAAUCAAAGAGACCAGAACUGGGCUUGAUUCGGGCCUAGAGACACCCGAAGAAGGUGGGACAAUCAAAGAGGCCAGAACUGAGCUUGAUUCCAGCCUGGAGACACCGGAAGUAGAUGGGCCAACCAAAGAGACUGUACUGAAUGGGACCACUGAGUUAGAAACACCAGACCCAAGCAUAUGCUGCUCAGGAGUAAAGGAGAUCUCUGUACAAGUGCCCAAAGCCACAGUGCUUUCACAGUGGCAGGUGCAGGUCUUGGAAACUUCAGGUCUUUCUGCAGACGAGAUGGAAAGUGUGUGGGAUCCAGGUGCUUGGCCUGAUGACAGAAGGGCCCCUCGCAAACCCCGGCCUACACAUUUUGUGGCACUGAUGGUGACAGAGCCUGGGCUUAGGGCUGAGGUGGUCAAGGCCCAAGAGCAUCUGGUCCGGAUUGCCCCUUAUUGUGCCGAGUUCCUGGUACCAGCACAGGCCCUGCACCUGACAGUGGUCUUGCUAAGGAUAACAGGCCCUGGGGAGGAGGCUGCAGCGGUUAGAGCUCUUCGGAGAGCCAUCUUGAAACCAGGGCUUCAGGCACCCUCCGAGUUACAGUUCCGGGACUUGAUUCUUCUGGGCCAUCAUGUGCUCUGUGCCACACCUUCCCCAACACUGGCAAGCAUGGUCCAAACACUGAAUCAGAGGCUAGAGGCCGAAGGGCUUAGAGUGGUGCAGCUGCCAGAACUACAACCACACCUCACGCUGGCUAAGGUACCACAUGGAACCCAGGUCUGCCUCCCCAAGCCUGAGUAUAUCCUGAAUGAGGAGCUAGGAAGGCAGCCCCUAGAGAAACUCUGGCUGUGCAGAAUGGGCAGAGCAGGGCAGAGCUACCUGCCCCUGGCUCAAAUUCCCCUGAACUGACCAAGGUUUCAAAUUUCAGAAAAGAAACAGGUUCUCACUCUCUCUCUCUUUAAUUUUGGUUUCAAGCUUCCAAAAUGUACUGUACUCAAUGCUCAAGGAGAAUGAAGGAAGGGGAGGGGAGAGGUAGGGAGGGGAGGCAGGGAGGCAUCUGGAAAAAAAGCAGCCUGACAGUCCAGCUGUUUGCAACCUCAUAGCACAUCCUCCAGUUACAUGGCAGAAGGGGGGGGGGGGCAAAAAGAAAAGGGGAGAAGGAAGAAAAGUAACUUAAAUAAACACACACACAGAGAAAAGAGAAGGAAA